CAGCAGCCGAAGAAAGUGUUAUUGCUGUACGAGAAGUUCGUCGACAUGGUGCUGCAGACGUAUGAAAUUGUGCGAGUGCACAGCGAGGUCAACGCCGGCGACGAGAUCGACACUUUUGGUAUCGAGGAUCCGUUGCGCGGAGCAGGUGACAACCGCGACAACCUGAAUGCGUCAGCUUUGGACGAGGAACGCGCUCCACGUGUCGUGCUUGAUGCGGAAAGCCAUGAUAAAACAACAUCUUCCCGCGGUCCGGUGCGGGUGUCCGGAGUUGUUAGCAGCACGCGACUAUCAAAUGUAAAAAUGUCUGGGUCUGGAAGAAUGCAACUUGUCAUGCUAAAUCUGCAGCAUGCAAAAAUCUGUGUUGCAUGAUUACCAAAAGUCGCCCAGUUUUGACCAAGUCGGGAGGCAGUUCUCAUGCAGGAUAGGCAUGAGAAAGAUCGCACAGAAUCUGUUAUGCUAGGUCCUGCAUUCCAGACCUCAUGGGUCAUUGAAAAGCUGCAUGACAAAUCGCGCAUUCUUCCAGACCCAGACACUUUUACAUUUGAUAGCGACGCGCAUCCUCACCGUCGUUGACGAAGACAACAGGCAACAGGACAAAAACGCGUGAACAGUUGGUGCGCCAGGAGUACCGACGGCACCACGGCAAGGCGCCCCCCUUGUUGGAAGACGAACUGGUUGCACAGAAGUUCCUUGCGGAAAUCGACCGGCUGCUAUACGAAAGCUCCUCUUUGGCAGACGCAGCGGAAGAUGAAAUCGUUGGUGACAGUGAUCACGUAGACGAAGAUGAAAUCCUCUCGACUUCUGACAAGGACGACGAUGAGUACUACGACAAUGGUUUGACAUCUCCCGGUCAACAAAAAAAAGACGAGCACGGACGCUUCUUACGGAACGAAGAGUUUGACUUCACUUCGCCCUUGCGCAAAUCGCAGAUCGCGAAGGCAGGCAACCUCAACGAUUACGCGACCCGAGACUCAAGUCCCGUUUCGCCGCAUGAGGAGCGCGUGACGAAGGCGAACCGUGCAAAAAAUGUUUUAAAGCGCAUGAAAAUCCGAACUGAAAAGGCACAGCGGAACGUGGAGCGGGUAGCUAUGCUUCGGAAUGUGGAGGACACGAGGCGGCUGGUGCGUCGCCUGCUGUUUCACGUGCGCGCUCUGGAGCUGAAGCGGUCCAUUCUCUUGAUGGAUCCGCCAGAGGAGAUUGCGCUCCGAC